AUGAAUGUUGUNUCGCUUCUGGAAGCAGGAAGACCUGAGGAUAAACUAGAGUUUAUGUUUCGCCUAUACGACACAAAUGGCGAUGGAGUGUUGGAUACAAACGAAAUGGAUUGUAUCGUUAACCAAAUGAUGACUGUGGCUGAGUACCUCGGAUGGGAUGUCUCAGAACUGAAACCGAUCUUACAAGAUAUGAUGAUCGAGAUCGACUACGAUGCGGACGGAACUGUAUCUCUGGAAGAGUGGAAGAGAGGAGGAUUGACCACCAUACCAUUACUAGUAUUAUUAGGACUGGACUCUCAUGUCAAGGAGGACGGAAAUCACUUGUGGAGAUUGAAACAUUUCAGCAGACCUGCGUAUUGUAACCUCUGCUUGAAUAUGUUGGUUGGAUUGGGCAAAAAAGGAUUGAGUUGUGUAU